AUGCCUUCCAAGGCUACAUCUAAGGCCACUGCUGCUGCGACAGCGGCCAGCAAAAGGACCUCGCGAGUCCGCAGCUCCAAACCCACCCCCGAAAUCAAGAAACCCGAGAAAUCCACAAAAUCAACUAAACCCGUCAAGACCGCGAAAACGGUGAAAGCGAAGGCCGCAAAGCCCGCAAAGCCCAAGGCUGAAAAAGAAGAGAAAGCUUCCAAACCAACCAAAAUGGCAGCUGCGGUCAAAUCGAAAUCAGCCGCUGCGACGAAGAAGCGCAAAGCUGACGAGGAGGAGGAGAAGCCCCGGGAGACCAAACGCACUCGCGUCAUUGCGCAGCCUCGGAAGCCCAAGGCCCCCGCGCAGCCAAAGCCCAAGCCAGCCAAGGUUGUCAUCAAUGAAGCUCCAACAACGAGACUGAACGUUUUUGUUUGUGGCGAGGGUAGCUCCGGUGAGCUGGGUCUGGGAACCGCCAAGAACGUGAUCGAUGUCAAGCGUCCCCGUUUGAACAAGCUUCUGUCGCCGGAAGAUGUUGGUGUCGUGCAGGUUGCCGUUGGCGGUAUGCACUGUGUCGCCUUGACCCAUGACAACAAGAUCUUCACCUGGGGUGUCAACGACCAAGGCGCGCUGGGAAGAGAUACCAACUGGGAUGGUGGGUACAGAGAUAUGGAUGAUAACAGCGACUCUGAUUCAGACGACGACGACAGUGGAUUGAAUCCCCUGGAAUCUAAUCCAACCUCCAUUCCCGCAGAGGCUUUCCCCGAGGACACUGUAUUCGUCGAGGUCGCUGCCGCCGACAGCUCGAGCUUUGCCCUCACCGAUGAUGGUCUGGUCUAUGGAUGGGGUACCUUCCGAAGCAACGAUGGAAUUCUCGGCUUCGACGCCAAGAACCUUGUUCAAAAGACCCCACUGCUCAUCUCCUCCCUCAAGAAGAUUAAGCACCUGUCUUGCGGAGCUAACCACGUCCUUGCUUUGAAUGACCAGGGUCGUGUUUACUCCUGGGGCUCCGGGCAGCAGAAUCAGUUGGGUCGUCGCAUUGUGGAGCGCAACCGAUUGAACGGCCUGCAACCUCGGGAAUUCGGUCUUCCCAAAGACAUCGUCUGUAUUGGCAGUGGCCAGUACCACUCGUUUGCCGUCCACUCAUCGGGCAAGGUCUACGCUUGGGGUUUGAACAGUUUCGGUGCCACUGCCCUCCGCGAGGGUGCCGGUGACGAUGAAGCUGCCAUUGUCCACCCGCUUGAGGUCGAGUCGCUCACUGGCCGCGGCAUCACCCAGAUCGACGGUGGCUCUCACCACUCCAUUGCAGUUGCUCGUGAUGGCGAAUGCCUGGUAUGGGGUCGUCUUGACGGCUUCCAGAGUGGGUUGAAAAUCGAUACCCUCUCCGACGAUGCUGUCAUCAAGGACGAGCGUGAUCGCCCCCGUAUUCUGAUUGUUCCCACCGCUCUUCCAAACUUCAAGGCCAAGGUUGUUUCAGCUGCCUCGGACCACUGUGUCGCCAUCGAUGUCGACGGACGUCCAUGGUCGUGGGGAUUCUCUGCCACUUACCAGACCGGACAAGGUACCCAAGAUGACAUUGAGGUGGCUACCGCCAUCGAUAACACUGCUACCCGUGGAAAGAAACUGAACUGGGCUGGUGCUGGCGGUCAGUUCUCCGUAUUCACGGAACCCGCUAGCUUGUGA